AUGGCCAUGAAUAUAUAUGCUCUCAUUAUCAUUGGCAUUGUAGCAAGCGUAAUCUCUUUUACUUCUGCCACACCAGGAACAGCCACUUUCUAUACAUCAUAUACACCAUCGGCAUGUUAUGGAAACAAGAACAAUGGUGUAAUGAUAGCUGCAGCAAGUGAUCCUCUGUGGAAAAAUGGAGCCAUUUGCGGCAAAAAGUUCAGAGUGACAUGCACAGGGCCUACAAAUCCCGUGCCGCACCCUUGCACUGGCAAAACUGUGGUGGUGAGGAUUGUCGAUCACUGUCCGGGGUGUGGAGGAACCCUAGAUCUCUCAAGAGAAGCCUUUGCCACCAUUGCCAACCCGGUGGCCGGAAUAAUCAAAAUUAAUUACCAACGGGUUUGA